AUGGGAGAAAUCUAUCACUUUACCCGACUCGGACACUACUAUCAACUAUUAUUCACACUUCUUAUAGCCAUUUGUCUACUGACUUUCGCAUCGAUCGAUUACAAUUUCGAGAAUCAUUGGCAAUCGAUAAGCGAGGUCGUUUUUGCAGUUGGACUGAGCAUACUGAUCAUUGGAAUUUUCAAAUUUCGAACCAUUUGUAUCGAUAGGAAAUACAAAACACCAGUGCUCAAAAAAUGCGAGAGAGAUUUGACAAUCGGAUGUUUCGGAAUGCUUUUUUUCGCAAUUAUUCCAUACAUUGUGAUUUGUUUCGGCAAGUUUCCUUUUGCGGCGACUGUCUUCGUAUAUUUCGCAUUCAAUAUCACUUCUGCCAUCGUCUACUACACAUUCAUUUGGAGAAUUGAGAAUUUAUGUCAUCUGGAGCACGGUACUCCUCAAAUCGCCAUUGUCGGAGUCAUUUAUUUGAUAAUCGCCUUCAUCACACUGCUUUUGGUGUCGAUGUUUCAUUCGCAAAUCGGAGCAAUCGUUCUGAUGGUGGUGCUCUCGUAUUCGAGCGUUGUGAUGAGCACUUUGAUCACAUUAUCGACAGUUUUGAUGGGUGAUCGAAUUGAAUUGGCGAAGAGUUGCGAAGCAAAUUGCAAUGAGAAAAUCAAUAAUCAGAAGAAAUCAAAAACUAGAGAAAAUGCAGAAGCGACACCACAACCAACUGUUCUAAAGUGUGAGAUUUGCAUGAUUCAAUGCAUCGAAAACGAAAUUCCUGGAAUCGUGACCAGUUGUGGACACAGAAUUUGCCAGAGAUGUAUUGAGCAAUCACCGUUCGAUCAGAAUCAAGAAAACGCCUUCUGUCCGUUUUGUCAUGAAGUUUACGAUUUGAACGGAGAAGAGAAUUUGGUUUAA